AUAAAUAUAAGAAAAUUAAAAUGUACGCGGGUGGUAGUGUUUUAAUAAGAAUAUAAGUUGUUUAGUUUCCUUUUUAUUUUAUUAACUAAGAAAAAAAGAAAUUUUCAUAAAAAAUCUAUAAAAUAAAAAGUUUAAAUGAAUAAAUGUUUUAAAUGAAAUAAAAUAUUUCAAAUUUCUAUAUUUUCAGAAUAAAUAUUUUUGAAAAUUUUAAAAAGAAAAUGCAGGAAAAAUGCAUCCUGUAAAAUUUUUGUGUUCUAAGUUGUGUUCUUGUGGCAAAAUAUAAGAAAAAAAAAUUAAAAAAAAAAAAAAUAAUCAAUAAAAUGCCAUUUAAAUUAAAAUUUUAAUUUUGAUUUUUUGAAAAAAUUAUAUUUAAAAAAAAGAAAAAUAAAAAAAAAAGAUUUCGAUCACAAAUUAAAUGAUAAUAGUAAAAUUAUACAUAUUGUAUAUAUAUGUGUACAUAUAUAAAUAAAUAUAUAUAUAACAAGAAAUAUAAUUUUUCUGUCUGAAAAGGAUAACAAAAAAAAUCUGUAAAUCUGGCGAAAAUAUUUGCAUCCAAAAUGUCGACCCGCUCUCAGUUAACUAAGGACUUAAAUGAGAGCGUUAAAACGAUAUUGGGGCGACAUACAAAAAUCUUGGUAAAAUAUAUGGUAAAAUUGGAAACGAAAGGAGAUAAAACUGAAAAUAAAGUUUUGGCAUUUACACCUGUAAGGAUUUAUUUAUUAAUAGCGAAAGUACCAACGAAGAUUGAAAGUCAUUUUCAUUAUUUGGAUAUACAAUCGGUUGAGAGUAAGAAACCAUCACAUUUUUCAAUAGUGACACAUGAUCGAACUUAUUCAUUUGCAACAACUGGAGAUGCUGGUAAUUUUAGCACAAAUGCUGAUGUUAUACUUACUGACUUGGCAUCUGCAAUUAAGCAAAUUUUUCCAACAGUUCCACUCAAGUACAUCAUUAGGAAGGUUGAUAUUCAGCCAACAGAACGUGAAACAAUAUUUUCUGAUGAAUUAAGACCAGCUGAUCCAAGAAAUGUUGGUCCAUGCGGUGGUUUUAGUACACAAUAUGCGUGUAUGUGUGAUUUUCAUGGUGUCCCAUAUAGAGAGGAAGUUGCUUGGGAUAUUGAUACAAUAUAUUUAUCACAUGAUACACGUAUAUUAAAUUUAAGAGAUUUUGAUCAUUUGGAACCAAAAGACUUAAUGGCUAUUGUAUCAGCAUUGGAAUAUAAUACAUUUUUUCGUGGUUUAAAAGUUGCUCAUAUGCGACUGUCACAUGAAACACUGGACAGGAUAUUACAUGUAUUAAAACGCUCAAUGUGGCUAGAAGAAUUACAUUUAGAAGCAUUAGGAUUAAGGUCGGAUUUUCUUCAUAAGUUAGCUGUAUCUGUGAUUACUAAUAAUAACCCCGCUAUUCGCACCAUCGAUUUAAGUCAUAAUUUAAUUGAGGACAAAGGUGCAAGUUCAAUAUGUGCCCUAGUUGGGAAAAUUGUUCAAGGCGCAAUCCAUUUAGCUGGCCCGAUAGCAAAGAUAUCAAAAGGCCUAUGUAAAUUAGCUUUAUCACAUUGUGGUUUAACAUCAAAAGGAGUCAAUCAAAUGUCGCACUCAUUAUCGUUAAAUCAAACAAUUUCUAGUUCACUAACAUAUUUAGAUUUAAGUGGGAAUAGUCUCAAAGAUGAUGUUACGAAUUUACUUAAUUUUCUGGGGCAACCAAAUGUUUUGGAAUAUUUAAAUUUGGCUUCGACUGAUACAACUUUGGAAAAUUUAUUUGGUGCCCUAUUACGUGGUUGUGUAACACAUUUAGCUCAUUUAAAUGUUUCACAUAAUUCGUUCAGCACGAAAAAAGGCAAAGAACUUCCACCAUCUUUUAAACAAUUCUUUAUGAGCACAUUAAGUUUAAAACAUCUUAAUAUUGCUGGCUGUAAAUUACCAAUGGACGCUUUAAAAAAUUUAUUACUUGGAUUGGCAUGUAAUCAGUCAACAACUGGACUGUACCUAGAUCUUAGUAGUAACUCGUUAGGUACACAUGGUGCACACGUUCUAGAGUCAUGUAUACAUGGAGUACGUGUUCUGCAAACAUUAGAUAUAAGUGACAAUAAUUUUGACUCCGAAUUAGCAUUAAUAUUAACAGAGAUCUCAAAGAAUCCAUCAAUAAGAUCUUUAUAUAUGAAUCGAAGCUUAGUUGGUAUGAAACCAAAAUAUAUAAUACCAGUAAUGGAUGCUUUAGUUAAUCUAAUACAAAAAGAUGAUUUUCCACUUGCUGAAUUAGUUUUAUCUGAUAAUAAACUAAAAACAGAUAUACAUGAUUUUAUAAAUGCCUUAGGAAGUAAUCAAAGUUUGCAAAGAUUGGAUAUAAGUGGAAAUUAUAUGGGUGAUAUUGGAGCUCGUCUAUUAGCAAAAGCUUUGCAAAUCAAUAGUAAAUUACGUACAAUAUUAUUAGAUCGAAAUAAUAUAACAUUACAGGGCUAUGCUGAUAUUGUAUAUGCUUUAGAGCAUAAUUCAUCAAUGCGUUGUAUACCGUUCCCGGUAUUUGAUAUAGCACCAUCAUUAAAAAAUCAUCCAGAAAAAACAGAUGCUGUUAUGAGAAAAAUGCAGGAACUAUUACAAAGAAAUGCAAAUGGUUUGAAAAGAACAACUGGGCAAGGUUUUCGUUUGCAACAUGGUUUUAUGUUAUCAUCAACACAUCAAUUAGUUGAUAGGCUAGUUACCGAAACACAAGAAACUAUAUCUUUGGCGCGUGGUAGUGAUAGCGCAUCAGCUGUACAACGUUUAAUUGAUGAUGCUGAAAAUUGUAAACAAUUAAUGCCAAAACUUCAAGAGACUGUACGUAGCGAACCGCAUCCAAUUGAAAUGAAAUUAACACGUAUUGCUAGUGAUUUAAAUAAAUCUAUUCAUGGUUAUUUAGAAGAUACAAUGGAUAUAAUGUUAAGAACAGGUAUUGAACAAUGCCCGAAAACAUUGGGUAGUCAAAAUGUUGUUAGUGAUUUGAGAAAGAAUUUAACUGAACGUUUAGAUAUUAAUGAAGAAUUUUUGCAAAACUGCUUGGUUAAUAAUGCUGGUAGCGAAAUAAUGAACAAAAUUAGUGAAAUAGAACAAUCAUUAGCAGCAACAAUAUCAGAUCGUGCUACUGAUGAAGUUAUAGAUGCAUUAACAAGAUAUAGACGUGGUUUAGGUAUAUCCGAUUCACCAUCAGUAUUAUUAGAUGAACCACAAACACCAGAUAUUGUUCGAAGCCGUUCAAGUCAUGAUGCCGAUGGUUUUACAUCCCGUUCACGUGGUUUAAAUUUACCAAAAUUGGGACUUGAUUCACCAACUAAAUUGGAAUAUCUAAACCUUGCUACACCGCAUUUACCAUCAAAAAGAAGAUCAAUUGCACGUAAGGUUCGACCUCAAUCAGUUGUUGAAAACUUAAGUUUAGGUCAUAUUCCUGAUUUACUUGAAUCACCAUCAUCACAUCGAAGCUCAAAUACCUCACCAGGUGGUGGUGCCGGUGGAAAUGAUCGUGAUGACGAAUGCUGCGAUUCUAUAACAGAGCUCCCGAGUGCAUCGUUUCAAUUACAACAUUUAGUCAAGGGAAGACCAAAACGUGCUAAAACACGAGCGCCAACACGCCCUCAUUUAGCUGAAGUUGCAACAAGAGAAUUUGGUGAAGGUUUAGAACAAUUCUUUCGACCUGGCUCAGUAACACCAACCACAUUAACACCAUUAGUUUCACCUACCUCAGAAGAAUGCAGUUCAUUAAGUUUUGUAGAUAGUCCAACGAUGAGCCGCGAUGAGAAUGGUAAAUUCCAGCAUUUAACAUCAGAAGAAACAACACCGAUUUUAGAGGAAAGAAAACCAAUUAAAUUGGAUAGAAGCUCUCCAUUACUAAAAGGCGUGGCAUGGACAACACGGUCUCGAUCUUCAGAUAAUUUAGAAAAAUAUUCCCCGUUAAUUGGAAGAAAAUCACCACUAGUCAAAAUGAAAACUGAAGGUGGUCCAGAUGAUCGAUUAUCUGUACCGGUUAACAGUAACGACGAUAAAGUUCGUUCACCUAGUAAUGAUUCUAUAAAAAAUCAUAUGAAUACUGAUUGUGUUAUUGUUAAAACGGGCAAUGGUAUUGUAAGAACACCAAUUGUUUUACAAAAACCACGACCAUGGUCAGUUGUUGGUAAUGAACCUAAAUCUGGAGAUUUUAAUUCAGAAUCGAGUAAAACAACCCCAGAAAAAUUAGAUGAAGAUGUUGAUGUUGUACCUUUUGGGCAAUCAGGUGGUGGAUCUAUUGUUGGUAUUAGCCCAGGAACAGCUUUAUCAACCGGUGGAAGUAUAGUUGGCAUUACACCAGGUGCUUGUCUUGAAAAAAAGUCAGUAAGAGAAAUGGCAGCUGGCCUCAAUAGAAUGGAACUACCAAAAAAACCUCAAGUUCUUCCACGUUCAAAACUUAAUAAUUGCAUAAGCGCACAAAGAAAUUCAAAUGGAAAUUCUGAAAGUUUAUUAAAAUCACAUAUAACAACUACAGAAACUAUAAGCAGUUCUAAUACUACUAGUACUACUUCUAAUACUUCUACUACAAUAACUUCAAUGUCUUCAGUUCAUUCUAAAACGAAAAUAACAACAAUGAAUGGAAAAGAAAAUAAUAAUGAUGAUAUUAAAAAUUCUGAUAACCCAAAUGUUGUUAUGGGAAAUGUGAAAAGAAUAGCCGGUAAACCAAUAUCAUCGAUAUUUGAGGAGACAUUAGUUGAAGGUCUCCAAAAGUCAGCUUUUCGUCGAACUAUGAUUAGAGAUUCAAUACAAACCCAUUAUACAAGUGAAGAUGCUGUCGACGUUUAGAAUAAAUUCAUAAAAAAUAUAUACAUACAUAAAAUUAGAAGAAAAAAAAUAAUUAAUAAAAAAGGAAAUUUAGAAACAAAAAGAACAAAUAAAUUAAAUAAAUAUUUAAAAUUAUAUAUAAAUAUUUAACAAAAAAAAAGGCGAUGUUAAUUUUGAGAAAUAUCUACAUACAGUAAAAAUACAAUAUUAUUAUUGAAUAAAAUAAAAAAAUUAAUAAUUAAUAUUCAAUUAGGUAAAAAAUUAGAAAUAUUAUUUGUUGUAAUUUAUAAAAUAUUUAAAUAAGUAAAGGAAUAAAAUCGGAAAUCCAUCAUUUUCAUAAAAAAAAUAAAAAACAGAAAAAAUAAUUUUUUAUCUUUAUAUUAUUUUAAUUAUAGUCUUUUAAAAAUUAUUAUAAUUAUUUAAUAAAUUCAGGCUUUGUCUUUGAAUUGUAAAUAUUUAAGUUUUACCCAUGUCAUGUAACAAUAUGAAAAUGUUUUGAUUCUAUAGCAUAUUAUAAAAAAGACAUUUUACAAUAAUAAGAUUAAAAUCAAUAGAUUCCAUAUUAUAUUGUAUAUGGAUAUAUCGAAAUAUCUAUCAUGAGAUUUUAAUAUUGCAGGAUACAAUUUUAAUUAACUUAUACAUAAUUACUUAAAAAGGAUUUCCGAUUCGAAAUUAUUAAAUAAAAUUUUGGAAAUAAAUUACUGUAUCCUUAAUCGUUUAUUAUAAUAAAUUAGAAAAAAAAACUUUUCCAGUACCAAGGAGAAAAGGAGUCACGAGAUUGUUUCAAUCUCAUAAUUCUUUAGUAUGUAUUUUGUUUGGUUAUUAAACCUUUAUUUUUAAUUUAUUGACUUUUUUUAUUCGGCUGCGCCUAAUUACUUAAGUGCAGUUUGAUAAAAUUCUAUUCAAUUCAAUUUUUUUUGUUUUGGCUAAAGUGAUUUAAAAAAAAAACUUGUUUUAAAAUAUAAAUAAUUUUGGUUUUAAUAAAAAUAAAUUUAAUUAAAACAAAAAAUUUUUUUUAACCCCCAGAAGUGUGCAAUUUUCAUAAUGUAAGGCAAAAUAUUUAAACGAUAUCAGUUUUAUUAAUGCAAAAGCAAUUUUAUUGAUACACGCAUGAUUUUCAAUUAAGUAAAAAAUUAUCAAAAUAAUUUUUUAAAAAAUCAAAAUUUUUAAAUUAACACUAUAAUAAUAUGUAUUUUAAUUGAGAAAAGUAGAAAACAAAAAUAUGUAAUAAACGAUUAAAAGCGCCCACUUUAUGAAGAAGUAUAAAAAAAAUCAAAAAUUUUUAUUGCAAACGAUUAUUGUGCAAUUACUUUUUAUAAAUAUAAUUUUACACAUAUAAUUUUUUAAUUAUAUUAAUUUUUUUUUUAUUUUUUUUUUAAUAUAUUUUCUAAAUUUAAUAUAAACCGAUUUUUAUAGUAAUUAAUAAUAGAGUAAAAUAAAAAAUAAUUAAAAUUGAAUAUUAUUAUUAUAAUAAAAACCAAUAUUUAAAAUUUAGAACUAAAAAAUUAAAUAAAGAAAAUGAAAAAUAAUUAAAAACAUUUAACCAAAUUUUUUAAG